GCUGUUCGUGAUGCAGACUUUACCGACACCUCCUCCGAGGAGGACGAAGGGAUCGGCGAUGCUCUGCCGAUUGAGGAAAUACCGGAAGAGAUCGAGAUCGAAGACGAUGCGUUCGGAUAUGGUUCCAGGUCCUUGAAUCCACGUGACUUCCGACGUGACCUGCGAGCUGACCUUGCAAGUAGCCUCAACUCCAGUACAGACAUGGACAAGGAGUGA